AUGCCGAGUCUCCAGGACGCGUGGGCCGCGGCGGGGGGUAGCCAGCUGGUCGGUGACCCGGCCAGGGAGGCGCCCAGGCCCCGCCCCUCCACCACGACCCUAGUCCGGGAGCGCCUGCCGGCCUCCGCCCGUAGCGCGAGCUGGCACUUCGUCAGGUGGGCGGCGGCACCUAUCAGGCGGCGGUACCUCUCCGGCGACGUACACCUGCAACUGGCGAAGAAGGGCUCAACCACCCGCAAGGAGUCGGCGGUCCGGCGGCGCAGUUCCAUGAGUCUAACCGAGGAGUGGGAACAGAGGGCGAUCGGAGGAAGCUACUACGAGCUGUUCGCGGCCUCAUUGGGCAACCUGGAAUGGUUGCGGUUCUGUCUAAAUCGGCAUUGUGGCGAAAUCGUGGCCGAUGACAAGGGUUUCACUGCCAUCCACUUUGCAGCCCAGAGCGGCAAGCUUGCAUGCCUGCAGGUCUUGGUGGAGGAGUACAAGUUUCCCGUAAACCUGCCCACCAACAAUGGCCAGACACCUCUGCACCUUGUCAUCCAUGGUGACAACAAGACCAUGGCCCUCCCCUGCAUUCACUAUCUGAUUAAGCAAGGGGCAGCCCUCAACACUCAGACGUGCAAUGGCUCCACACCUCUGCAUCUGGCAGCCCGCGAGGGCCUGCUGAGCUGUGUCAAAGUCCUGGUGCAGAAAGGUGCCAACGUCCACGCACGAGAUGCCACAGGCUGCAAGCCCAUUGACUACUGCAAAAUAUGGAACCACCGAGUCUGUGCCCGGUUCUUGAAAGAUGCCAUGUGGAAACGGGACAAGAAGGACUUUGCCCAUGAGAUGAGGAAACUGAGGAGGCUCAAGGACCAGCUGGCCCUCAUGGAGGAGGACUACCUGACUGAGUAUCAAAAGGAGCACCAAAUUCUGAGAGAAGCUGACUUCAAGAAGUGGCUCCAUCACAAGUUGCUACUCCAAGACCAGUCCCUAAUACCCAGCGUUCAGCGAGAGCCCCGUGCUCCGCCCCGGGCCACUGCCCUCUUCAAGACCUGCAAGGACGGGGUACUGUGGCCUCCCACGAGCUUCCACCCCUCCCCGGAGGCGCGCCUGCAACAGAUACAGCAGCCCCAUCUGCCCUUGGUGAUGCCUGCGCCCACCUACAAGCCGCCCACGAUCAGGCGGCCCAAGGUGUGGAAUCUUAGCAGCAACCCCGCCAGGUCCCCCACUGCCCAGAUUGGCUACCCACAGGGUGUCCGCCUGGGCGUGCAUCCCGACCCCAGGCCAGAGCGCGACUUCCGCUGCUUCGUGGAGGUGAGGUCCAACGGGCACGGUGGCGCGGACCUCCGCACAGUGGCCGGCCGCCAGGUGGCGCCUGUGCCCCAGCUGCCUUUCCAAGUGGUAAUCCGCGAGCUGUACCCUUCGCUACGGCCCUACAGAAUGAAGGUGCCCCAGGGCUUCUGCUCUGUCACUAUGGAAGAGGUGCCCCGGAAGCGGCACUUGGGUGACGGCAGCUUCUGGACCGACACGCUGAGCAUGAACCUGCGAGAGACAUUCGACGAGGCCUUCCUGGCGGCUGUGCGAGCCCAUCAAGGACUCCCUGCUCUGCCUUCCCCUAAACCACCCCUCCCUUAA